CAAAUGAAACUUGAACACGAAAGUUUCAAGACUUCCAGACUUAUCGCAAAGACAUCUUGUUUGGUUUUAUUGGCAAGAAAUUUCUCAUCAUAUAAAACCAUAUGUUCGUACUAUUAUUUGGUCCCCUACCAUGUGAAUUCUGAUAUAUAUGUUUGGGUGAGAAAUCGAACAUUGAUUCGAAAGGAGGAAGUUUUCACGGCAGAUGAGCCACAGCCGCAUAUACCACACAGUAAUCUGAAACUCAUCUGCUAUUUGUUUGGUCUCAAGCAAGACACUGUUUCAUUUUCUUUUGUUUUUUUCUAUCUAUUCCUGACAAGUUCUUCUGACUCCCGCUCAAUCAAAAUUUAAGCCACAACUAACAAAAGAACAAAGAGAGAGAGAGAAAAAAAAGACUGAACAUAAAAAACAACAACUCUUUUCAGAGUAAACUACUUCUGAAAUUCCAACUUCUUUCAUUCUCGAUCUUUCAGCCCCAAUUUAACUACCCUUUCGUUUUACACAUAAAUACGUCCUCUUUUUGAUCUCUUACUUGUUAUUAGAAGGAAAGCUGAAAGUCCGCUUUUGUUGAACCCCCCGUUGUUUUGGUUUUCUUCUGAUGCUGAUCAUUUGAGUUUGGUCCCUUUCCUUUUCCAAAUAUUUCAGCUUCAGCUUCGAGAUUUUGAAGGAGAGCUGUAAGAGGUAGAUACUGGCGGGGGCACAAAAUCCUAUAAAAAUGAGUGGUUAUAUUGUUGGUGCGCUUGUCCCAAUUGUUUUGACACUUCUCCUUCGAAAUUCAAAGAAGGUGAAGAAGCGAGGAGUGCCAGCCGAUGUUGGUGGGGAACCUGGGUAUGCAAUCCGAAACAGUCAAUUUGCAUCCCCUGUUGAAACAGCAUGGGAGGGUAUAUCUACUCUUGCAGAACUUUUUGAGCAGGCAUGUAAGCAACAUUCCGAUAAACCCUUGCUUGGAACCAGGAAACUCAUUUCAAGGGAGGUUGAAGUGACUGAAGAUGGAAGAUCCUUUGAGAAGCUUCAUUUAGGAGAAUAUGAAUGGUUGACAUAUGGGAAAGCAUUUGAAGCUGUGUGCAAUUUUGCUUCUGGACUGGUUCAACUUGGUCAUAGAAGGGAAGAACGUGUGGCAAUUUUUGCUGAUACAAGAGAGGAAUGGUUCAUAGCACUGCAGGCCUGCUUUAGGCGCAAUGUCACUGUGGUGACAAUAUAUGCAUCUUUAGGGGAGGAGGCUUUAUGUCACUCAUUAAAUGAGACUGAAGUUACAACAGUGAUUUGUGGGGACAAAGAACUAAAAAAGCUUGUCAAUAUUUGUGGGCAACUUGACACUGUCAAACGUGUGAUCUGUAUGGACGAUGAGAUUCCAACUGUUGCAAGUGGUAGAUGGACAAUCACUUCUUUUGCUGAUGUCGAGAGAGUCGGCCGUGAAAAUCCUGUUGAUGCUAAUUUACCUCUAUCAGCUGAUGUUGCAGUUAUAAUGUAUACUAGUGGAAGUACUGGGUUGCCUAAGGGUGUGAUGAUGUCACAUGGCAAUCUACUAGCAACUGUUUCUGCGGUCAUGACAAUUGUUCCUGGACUUGGAAGCAAGGAUGUUUAUCUUGCAUAUCUACCCCUUGCUCAUAUUCUUGAAUUAGCAGCUGAGAAUUUAAUUCCUGCUGUUGGAGGUGUCAUAGGAUAUGGAACCCCUUUGACUCUAACUGAUACAUCUAGCAAGAUAAAAGCAGGAACAAAGGGGGAUGCCACUGUGUUAAGUCCAACUGUGAUGGCAGCUGUCCCAGCAAUUCUUGAUCGUGUUCGAGAUGGAGUGCGAAAGAAGGUAGAUUCUAAGGGUGGACUAUCCAAGAAAUUGUUUGACUUGGCUUAUUCCCGUAGAUUAUCUGCAAUAAAUGGUAGUUGGUUUGGUGCCUGGGGCCUGGAAAAGUUUCUGUGGGACUUUCUUGUCUUUAAAAAGGUCCGAGCAAUUCUAGGUGGUCGCAUUCGAUUUCUGCUAUCUGGUGGUGCUCCUCUAUCUGCAGAUACUCAGAGAUUUAUCAACAUCUGCCUUGGUGCUCCAAUUGGCCAAGGAUAUGGUCUAACUGAGACUUGUGCUGGUGCCACCUUCUCUGAGGUUGAUGAUACAUCUGUUGGUCGUGUUGGUUCUCCGCUUCCUUGCUCCUUUAUUAAGUUAGUAGAUUGGCCUGAAGGUGGAUAUUUAACUAGUGAUUCACCAAUGCCUCGUGGAGAAAUAGUGGUUGGUGGUCCGAGUGUAACACUUGGAUACUUUAAAAAUGAAGAAAAAACAAAAGAAGUGUACAAGGUUGAUGAGAGAGGAAUGAGGUGGUUCUAUACAGGUGACAUAGGACAGUUUCAUGCUGAUGGUUGCCUUGAGAUAAUUGACCGUAAAAAGGACAUAGUCAAAAUUCAGCAUGGGGAAUAUGUCUCUUUAGGAAAGGUUGAGGCUGCUCUCAGCAUCAGUCCCUAUGUCGACAACAUUAUGUUGCAUGCUGAUCCAUUCCAUAGUUACUGUGUGGCUCUUGUAGUGGCUUCCCAGCAUGCAGUGGAAGAGUGGGCUUCAAAGAAAGGAGUUGCUUUUACUGAUUUUGCAGACUUGUGUCAGAAAGAAGAAACCAUCAAGGAAAUACAUUCGUCUCUCGUUCAGAUUGCCAAGAAGUCACGAUUGGAGAAGUUUGAGAUUCCUGCAAAAAUCAAAUUGCAUUCUACUCCUUGGACUCCAGAAUCUGGCCUUGUCACUGCAGCUCUCAAGAUCAAGAGAGAGGCCAUUAGAAAAGCUUUCUCCGAAGACCUGGCUAAGUUAUAUACGUAAUAUUUUUAAGACUUGAUGCUUUUACUGGUGACUUUGCCAAUCUUGAUGAAUGGGAAGACUAGUUCACCAUGAUAUGAUGAAACCUAGACUUUCUCAUUCCUUCUGUCUUAUAAUUUUUUCAUUUUUAAUUCAUGUUUUGUUCCAAAGAAACUAUAAAAACACUGUUUUUUGAUUGUCUUCAGGCAGGGUUAUUAGAUACAAAUCUCUUCUCUUGGUUAACCUGUUACUCUUUCGAAUAAAUGUGAAGGCUUCGGCCAAAAAGACAUAAGUUGCAAAUAUCUGAUUAGGCUGAGUUCUUCUCUUUGUCUGAAUUGCAUUCUAAUGUUGUGGGGGUACAUUAAGAGAUCUAAGCUUAAUGAAAACUGAAAUUGUAAUCAUGUUAUGUAAUAAUGAAGAAUAGAUUUUGCUUAGUUUAGGAGGAAAGGGGAACAUAAGUAAUGAGUAGG